ACUUCCGGUCCACUGCGGUUGUUUUCGUAGUACAGAUGACGUUUGAUGCUAUUAGAAGUCGGUGUCAAACUUACAACCACAGAUUUCUGGACCAGUGACACUUUUCUAUUUUAUUUCUGUUAACAUUUUAAAGGUUUAACCAUGAUGCAAUUCAUUAUUGGCUUCACUCUGGGAAACGUGGUUGGCAUGUACCUGGCACAGAAUUACGAGGUGCCCAACAUUUCAAAGAAAAUCGAGGCCUUUAAAAAGGACGUGGAAGCGAAGAAGAAACCUCCAGAGUGAUGAAUCGAUGAGUCACGACUGGAAAUAUGGCUCAUAUUGUCAUUGAACUGAAAAUAGAGGGGGUGUUGUGUACUUACAAUUUAUGCAACCCUUAUAAAAUUGGUAGCAUAAAUUGACAGAACAGGGGCAUUUAUAAACCAUGAUAUACUCAAAAUUGCUGAUGGAAAAAUCUAAAUGACCCCAAAAUGCACCAUAUUUGUCUCAUUGCUACAGUGCCUCAAAUCUCCCUUUUGAUAGUUGAUACGUUCUACUUCAAUUUUCACAAUUUAAACAAAUAUGAGCAUGGAUUCAUUUACCUGAUGCUUAAUUAUUUAAUGAAUAAAAGAACUUUUGUUGUGCACAAUUUUUGACUUAAAUUAUAAGUUAUAGUUCUUAUGUUUGUAAAAUGUUUAUUAAAAUUGUUGGAAAAAUAAACUGCACAUGCACAUGAUCCGUUGAAACAUAUGACUGAAGUACUCUACAAGAAUGUUUCAUUCUUAAAUAAGCAACGCAGAAGUCAGCUUGCACCAAUAAAGGCACCACUUUUACCUUCAA